AUGUCGGAAGCAGCAGCAAAGCGACUUUCCAUGCUCAGGCCGUUGUCGCUCCCCGUCUUUGUCGAGGGAGCCGCAGGCAUCGACAAGAGCUACGAGCCCGAUCACGACGAGCGCGGAUACACCAUCUUGAAAGGCGAUGCACGUUUCGACGUGACACCCAAGCCGAUCACCGAGAACGAUGAGGCCGACGUGGGACGCAAACGCAAGCAACGCAUCAGCUACCUCGAGGGCAUCCGCGGUCUCGUCGCCUUCCAGACGCUCCUCUACAUCUUCUUCCGCAUCUUUGCGCCAGCUAUCGUCACGGACCGCGAUACGGACGGCACUUUCCCCGCCGAGUUCACACGGACAUGUCCUUACUGGAUGAACAUCGUCCGCAAGGCGCUCAGCCCGCUGUUGUUCAACGGCAGCUUCCAGGGCAACAUGUACGUUAUCCUCAUGGGCCGCGUGGCCAUGCAGACCUUUAUCGAGAGGCGAGACGGCUUGACUCUGGCUGGUCCAGGCUUCCGUCGACCCUUCCGACUCAUCCUUCCCCUCGCCGUCGCAUUGGCGCUCACUUCGGUGGUUGCCGCUCUCAACGGCUUCAAGUACGCCCCCGCGAUGGCCGACAAGCUCAACAACCCCGCCGCUCACCCACCUAAGGUCUGGGCCUCGACGGUGGAGUACGUCAACACGGUGGUCUCGUUCGUCUUCGCUCCUUAUGCAUACACCACCUCGGUGGCGAGCACAUACAUGCCCCCUGGCGGAAUCAUGUGGUUCACCUCGGUUGUCUUCCAGCAGACGUACGUCAUCACCGUCUACGCCUGGUGUCUGCCCUUCACCAUCUUCCGCUGGAAGAACUACGGUCUGGCCUUCUUCCUCGUCAUCUCUGCCUGGAUGGGUCGCUGGUCGUGGUACACCCUCACCGGUUUGGCCAUUGCGGAGUACGCGACGGUCUACCGCCAGAUCCUGCCUAAGGAGGGCAUUCCGCUCAACUCGGACAAGACCAAGUUCCUCAACCCUAAGCUUAUCCCCCAAAUCAUGAUGGUGCUCGGCUUGCUGCUCAAGUACGUCUGGAUCGCCAUUGUCCCGAGCAAGUACUACAACGACUACAUCGGCCAUAUCGACCUCAACACGGGCACGCUCAACCGGGAGUGGGACUACAACAACCGCGCCUAUCCGCGAUGGGACGACUGGCUGCUGGCCACGGGUCUGCUGGUGCUCGUCGAGCUCAGCCCCGCGCUGCAGAAGGUCUUCUCCAACCGCGCCCUCACCUACUUUGGCCGUUUGGGCUUCUCGAUCGCGAUGGUCUCCGGAACUGUCAUGCUCAGCGUCGGCAGCAUCCUCUACGCCCACCUCACCGAGAGCCUCAGCUGGACCAGCCCCGCUCAGAUCACCGCCGUGCUCUUCUUCACCAUGGUACCCCUCAGCAUUCUGGCUUGCGACGUCUGGUCGCGCGUCGUCGACGACGCCAGCAUCGCCUUCGCCAGGGGCGUCUUCCACUUCUUCCGCACGUAA